UCUUCAUCCCUGCUUGCUUCCUUCACACACGUCCCUACUUCAAAAAGGCUGUAAAGAAAAAGAAUAACAACACUGGCAUAUUAUGGAAACUGGCAUUAACAACAUUCUUAACAAGCUGACGGAAUCAGAAGGGGUCAUUGGUGUAUUAAUUGCCGAUGAACACGGUCUUUGCCUUGGUGUUCGUGGUAUUGCUAAAGCUUCAUCUGCAGGGUUUAUUGCCUCCAUUGCUGCACAUGCUAAGGAAUUGACAGAGCUGAGGACUGGUGGUAAUGAAGAUACCCCCACCAUUUCCGUUGAAUAUGGAAACAACACAAUAUUAAUCAGGAGCGAAGGAAACCACACACUGGCAGUUUGGAGGAGUUGAAUGACUUUUUUGUAGAAAAGUAAUUUUUUGACAUAAAGAAGUACGAAAUAGCAUCAACGCAAAC